AACAUUUCCUUUCCAAAAAAGAGUAAAGAUUAUUAAUCUAACCAAUUCAUUUAUCCCAAUAAUAAAAUGGGUUAUCCAAUUCAAUCCGAUAUUCGAUCAGCAAUUCAAAUCGCCGCUGUCUUCCGCCACCACAACCACCAAUACCACCGGCGGUUACUUCCGCCAGCUGUCAUUUCUUACCGUAACUCUCCUAACUGCUGCUUCACGGUAACCUCUUCCUUAAAAAUCAGAGGUUUCUCCACCAAUGAUGGCGCGACAGCUGUCCAGAAGGUUUCUAAUAAGCCGUCGUUAUGUACUGCCGACGAACUCCAUUACGUGUCAGUUAAUAAUUCAGAUUGGAAACUUGCUCUUUGGCGUUACAUUCCUCCCCCUCAGGCUCCAAAGAGAAAUCAUCCUCUGCUUCUCUUGUCUGGCGUGGGGACUAAUGCUAUUGGAUAUGAUCUUGCUCCUGGGUCAUCUUUUGCCCGUUAUAUGUCUGGGGAAGGAUUUGACACUUGGGUUCUUGAACUUCGAGGAGCUGGGUUGAGUGUGCAGGAAUCAGACUCCACGAAAAUUGAGAAGUCUGCGAACAUAGUCUCAGAACAGAUGGAAGCUGCCGCUGAUAAUGCUACUGACAAAGUUCUUUCUGCAGCACCGCAGUCAACAGAUGUCCAAAGUACCUUAGAAGAGUCUGACAUAGCUGUGGUCAAAGAAGAACCCACUGCUAUUGCAACAAUGUGGGACGAGUCGAGAGUAGUGAACCAGCUUAGCGAAACAUUUAUGCUCUUGUCAGAGAGAGUCUCUGGUUUCCUCAAUGAAAGCCAGUCAAGGAUUAUGUCGGCUAAACUAUUUGAUCAAAUAUCUAAAUUAUUAGAGGAUUCCUUUCUAUAUGAACGCUUUAACGAGACAAGGGGGAAGUUGUUAAGUCUGCUGGAGACGAGGCAAAACUCUGCUGUUGCUGACCAAGUAAAGGAUCUUACCCAAAAGCUAGUAAAUAUCAUUGAAGAAGGUCAACGUUCUGUUUCCCCUCCAUUAGUUGAUCUGCAUGAGCGUCUAACCACUACCAUAGAAGAUUUCCAGAAACAGCUUGACUUGAUUGUCAAGUAUGAUUGGGACUUUGAUCAUUACCUGGAAGAGGAUGUUCCUGCUGCGAUGGAAUACAUUAAGGCCCAAACAGCACCAAAAGAUGGUAAACUUCUUGCCAUUGGACAUUCUAUGGGAGGAAUAGUGCUGUAUGCUAGGCUAUCACAGUGUGGAUCUGAAAGAAGAGAACCUGGAUUAGCUGCUAUUGUAACUUUGGCUUCGUCACUGGAUUACACAUCUUCAAAGUCUGCGCUCAAAAUGCUCCUACCCCUUGCUGAUCCUGCCCAAGCUCUCAAUGUACCUGUUGUUCCUUUAGGGGCAUUACUCGCUGCAGCUUAUCCUCUUUCUUCUCGCCCUCCUUAUGUGUUGUCUUGGCUUAAUGAUUUGAUAUCAGCUGCAGACAUGAUGCACCCAGAGUUGCUGAAAAAGCUCGUAAUGAAUAACUUCUGUACUAUUCCUGCUAAACUUCUUUUGCAGUUGACUACCGCUUUCCGAGAAGGGGGACUGCGUGACAGAAGUGGUAAAAUAUUCUACAAGGAUAAUCUUCACAAAUGCAAUGUACCCGUGUUGGCUGUUGCUGGAGAUAAAGACAUAAUCUGCCCACCAGAAGCAGUACAUGAAACUGUAAAGCUCAUCCCUGAGCACUUGGCCACCUACAAAGUAUUGGGGGAUGCUAAUGGUCAUUAUGCUCAUUAUGACUUGGUGGGGGGACGCAUGGCUGCGGAACAUGUAUAUCCUUGUAUAAUCCAAUUUUUAAGCCGUUAUGAUGACACUAGCUAGGGCUUGCACUCUACUUUUGACCAUUCUUCGGGCAGUAAGCUCCAUAUUCCUUGGCGUCAAAUACGCUUGUCCUGGUCUCGUUCAUCACUUAUAUCCAGGGAAUGCUAUUUAACACGUGAGUCUUAAGUUUGUCUAAACUUUACCUAACUUGUAUAAAAUUUUGAAGUGUGGUGUUUUCUUUGCUCCGUUUUCUACCCUUAAGCAUAACUAAGGACCUUGUUUAUAUUGUAGGGAGUUCAUAUAUGAGUUCCUGUUCCUGAGAAAGGCUCAUGUAAAGGAAGGAAUUUGACAGAUUUUUUUUACCAUACCUCAUCAGUAAUGUGUAAUUAGUUGCUCAUCAUGUAACAUAUUUAAUGGUUGCUUCUUUCUGCUUUGCCUACUGCCCAAUAUUUAAGAAAGGCAGGAAGUACACACUGGAAAUAGUACAGUAUUUUAUCACA